AUGUGGAUAGUUUGUUGCCGUAAACAGGAAUCGAAAGGAAAACGAUCGACGGAUAAGUCAAAACACCAUAAACAGAAAUACCUUCGUGGUCAAACUAGUGAUGAAAAUGCUGACAGAGAUGAUGAGGUCAAUGAAGAUCACAACCACAAAGUACAGAAUGAUCCAGUUGUCCCUACUAAAUUAAGAAGCGAUUCACAUGAUAGCAAUGGGAAUGGAUGCUAUCCUAGGCAAGAGAGAAGAAGCCUGCCGGAUGUUGUGAUACCCUCAACACACCUUGCCCGAAGUUCACUGAAUAAUUUGUCAAAUCACAGGCCUAGCUUGCAAAUUGACUAUGAAACUGGACGUAGGCCAACUAUCAUGGUGGAAACCACAGCGAAAUUAGCUGAGUCGGAAAGCCUAUGUCUUGAUGAUCAAUUUUCAUCCAGCCUUUUAUGCAAAACAUUUCUAGUUAAUGAUGUAAAAACAGACAUCGAGCAUAGAGGCAGUGUUUUAGGCAAACGAAGGGCUCAUAGUCUUAUCCCAACUUAUUGUGGGAAAUACUUACCAGAAGCUAGUAAAGCACGUCAAGCUAGAAAAUCAGAAGUUAUGCGAGGUGUUGACGAUGGGAAAAAAUUACCACUUAAGAAAAGACUUAGUCUUCUAAAAGUUAAACCUUUAAAACGCUUUCGUAAAUCCAAAGAAAGUAUUAUCUCUUUGGAUUCACAAAAAUCUCACACAGAAGAUGAUAAAGCCAACAUGUUACUCACAACAUCCGAUCUACGCACUGAUUGUAAGCCUAAGUCAUCUUUUAAACGUAUCAAAAAUUCAAAAUUAUUUUCACCCGCCAAAUCUUCACGUGAGAAUAUUAUCACCUCUAAAGAUAAUAGCCAUGAAAGUUGUUCUGAAAGAUCAGAGGACAGUUUGGGUCAACUGCCUUUUUCAAGGAAUUCUGUACUGAUGCACAUAAAUGCACGUAGUCCUGAUGCUUAUACUGAUCCAAGAAAGCGAAAUCUUUUAGAUACUUUUGAACACUCCCCAAAUUCUAGAAAUACCGUUCUAAGACCCAUCGUAACACCGUUUGCUCAAAUUUUGGCUAGUCUGCGGAAGGUUCGAACAAAUUUCAUCUUAUUAACAAAUGUGACAAGUACUAGAGAUUCUCGAUUUGGAGCUGUACAACCAAUACAGUCCAUUGAAGAUGGUAACAAUUCUUCACAUUCAGGUGCUGGUGGACAAGCUAAAGUCACGGCUUCUGAAACACUAGAGGAACUUGAAUGGUGCUUGGAAAGGUUAGAAAACAUUCAAACUCAUCGAUCUGUCAGUGAUAUGGCAUCAAGUAAAUUUAAGAAAAUGUUAAAUAAAGAACUAAGUCAAUUUGCUGAUGGUGGUCAAAGUGGCAAGCAAAUAUCAGAAUAUAUCUGUUCAACAUUUUUAGACUCUAAAGAAAAUGAUUCUUUGACAAGUCCACCAUCAUUGGUAACAAAUAUUCCACAUAGUAAUACUCAUGGUGUGAUGUGUAGCAGCCUAAGUAGAGAUGGUAUAUAUAGUAACAAUUACAAGUCUGAAACAAACACAUGCUCACCCUCAAGUGUAAUGAACAAAUCAGACUCAUGUGGUACACAUGCGAUAAGAUCUAGUGAUACCGGUCACGUAGUAACAACAGUAAGUGCACUUUCAAAUAUUGUGAAUAAAACUACUAAUGAUAGUACAACGGUAGUAUGUAGUAUCACUACAAUUGGUGAAAGCAGUACAAUCACCAGCACAACAACAAUUGUUUCAAAGAUUGGCUCAAUCCCAAUGAUUAAAUCAUUUACUCCGUUUUAUUCAUCAACACUAACAUCCUCUGUGACACCACAGUCUAUCAGUAUGAAUAUGAAUGAAAACAAUAAUACUUGUGAUGGUGUUUGCGAUGGCGGUAACAAGGAAGGCGGUAGCAAAACAGCUCAGUCUGGUAAUUUCGAUGGAAGUAAUUCCUCUACUAUUGUGACCCCUUCUCCGUGCGCAUCUGUGCAUCAUAAUCACCCUCAUCACCCUCUUAAUGAUAGUGAUAAAAACACUUCUUUGAGUAAUACACAAACACAAAUUGUACCAUAUAUUAUGAACUCAACAAAUCCAGAUAGACUUGAAGAACUAUUGCAAAAUUCUCUUGACCAAUGGGGAAUUGAUAUUUUUGAAGUGGAUCGGUUGACCACAAAUCCUCUCACAUGUAUAUUUUACAAUAUUGUACAGAAACGAAAUCUUUUACAACAAUUUGCUAUACCUGAACGUAAUUUAAUUUUAUAUAUGAAUGCUGUAGAAGAAAAGUACAACGAUAAUCCGUAUCAUAAUCGUAUCCAUGCAGCUGAUGUUGUCCAGUCAACGCAUAUCUUAUUAAAUGCACAGUCAUUAGAGUCUGUCUUCACAGAUUUAGAAAUUUUUACAGUUUUAUUUGCCUGCGCUAUUCAUGAUGUUGGUCAUCCAGGUGUUACAAAUCAGUAUUUAAUUAAUACCAAUGAUAAGUUGGCGAUUUUAUACAACGAUUCAUCAGUACUUGAAAAUCAUCACUUGGCUAUUGCAUUUUCUUUACUGGGUCAACCUGGCCACGAUGUUUUUGAGAAUUUCCCACGCAAACAACGACUUAGUUCAAGACGUAUGAUCAUUGAUAUGGUUCUAGCUACAGAUAUGUCAAAGCAUAUGAGUCUGCUUGCGGAUUUAAAAACAAUGGUCGAAACAAAGAAAGUAGCCGGAUCAAGUAUACUGACUUUGGAAAAUUAUAUUGAUAGAAUGCAGAUUUUACAAAAUAUGGUGCAUUGCGCGGAUUUAAGUAAUCCAGCUAAGCCAUUAGACUUAUACAGACAAUGGACAAAUCGUGUUAUGGAAGAACUUUUUCGUCAAGGUGACAAAGAACGUGAAUUGGGCAUUGACAUUAGUCCAAUAUGCGAUCGAAACACAGCGACGGUAGAAAAGUCACAGGUAACUUAAACAAAAUAAACUAUUUUGGGUAAUCUACGAUAGUAUUUG